CCUUGACUUGGUUACAGAAACAAAAUAAGAAAUAAAGAUGCAACAAAUUGACUUUGUUUUUAUUCUUCUUCUGUUUUUCUUCUUCUUCUUCUUCAUCUCGCUUCAACCAUCAUCAUUGAAUCGAUGCACUGCACAAUUCAAAACAAACAGAGAAGCAAAAAUAAUAACAGAGUCUCUCUGUUUUUGAUCAAUCCGCAUUCAUGACAACGUUGAGUUUGUUGUAGCAGCAAGCAAUGCGUUGGUUACUUUCCCUUUUGUUUUCUAACAGCUCUUCCUCCGCCGCCUCCGUCGACCACCACCGCCGGAAGGCCUCCGCCUUUAAAAAGGACAGGUGCUGCUCCGCCGAGGAGCCUCGCCCGCUCCCCUUGCCGGAGCUUUCCUCCUCCCUGCUUCUCGUCAGAGACGCUGACUUCCCUCUCCCCUCCCCCAAGGAUGCUCCUCCCUCCACCGCCGCCCCCGUCUUUCGGAUGCGAAGUGUUUUUGCUAGCCAAGAGAAAAGGAAGAGUAUGGAGCAAGGUGAAAAUAGGCCAACAAGGAAGGUGCAUCAAGAUGUGAGUAGUAGUGAGGACACUAGAGAUAAUAACAAUAAUAAUAAUAACCAGAACUUGGUCAAAGUACCUGGAAGGAGUGUUUCCACCUUAACUAGCCCAUUUGCAAGUCCCUUAAUCAGCAGCCCACAGAGGAGAAGUACUAGUGAUUUUGUACCAUAUUAUUAUGUGACUCCAAGAGGGAAUCAAUUCUGGUCUGCACCAGAGAUGCCAACAACUGAAUCAGGGAUGACGCCGCCUCCUGCUUUCUUUGAUUUAUCAGCAUUAGGCACUGCUGAAGCCUCUCCCUCUCCCCAGCAGAGUCCACAGGGAAGAAGUCCACAGAGAAACCCUAGAAGUGGACCUCCAUCACCUGUACAUCCCAUGAUGUCUCCUGAGAUCUCAGGGCCGCGUUUCGAAAGUAAUGUUCCGGUCGGGGUUCACCCCUUGCCCUUGCCUCCUGGGGCAGCCUUGUCUUCACCAUCAGCUGCUGCUGCAGCUACCUUCUCCCAUGCUGGGGCUAAUAGGUCUGAAGCAUUGCCAAUGAAUUACCAAUGGCAAAAAGGGAAACUUAUUGGGCGCGGCACGUUUGGAAGUGUUUAUGUUGCCACCAAUAGGGGGACUGGAGCAUUAUGUGCAAUGAAGGAAGUAGAAAUAUGUCCUGAUGAUCCAAAAUCUGCAGAGUGUAUGAAGCAAUUAGAGCAGGAAAUUAAAGUUCUUAGCCAGCUGAAACAUCCAAACAUUGUGCAGUAUUAUGGCAGUGAAAUAGUUGAAGACCGGUUUUAUAUUUAUCUGGAAUAUGUUCAUCCUGGUUCACUUAAUAAAUAUGUCCGUGAACAUUGUGGUGCUGUAACAGAGUGUGUCCUUCGGAAUUUCACUCGCCAUAUCCUUUCGGGGUUGGCUUAUUUACAUAGCAAAAAAACAAUUCAUAGGGACAUCAAAGGGGCUAAUUUGCUAGUUGAUUCUGCCGGAGUUGUUAAACUUGCUGAUUUUGGGAUGGCUAAGCAUCUAACUGGAUGUGAAGCUAUUCUUUCUUUGAGGGGAAGUCCGUACUGGAUGGCUCCAGAGCUUAUGCAGGCUGUGAUACAGAAGGAUAACAGUGCUGACCUAGCCUUUGCAAUUGAUAUUUGGAGCUUGGGUUGUACAAUCAUUGAAAUGUUCACAGGGAAGCCUCCUUGGAGUGAAUAUGAAGGGGCUGCAGCUAUGUUUAAGGUCAUGAGGGAUACCCCUCCUAUACCUGAAACAUUGUCAUUAGAGGGUAAAGAUUUCCUGAGAUGCUGCUUUAAAAGAAAUCCUGCGGAGCGGCCACCUGCUGCAGUGUUACUAGAACAUCGGUUUUUGAAAAUCUCACAUCAGCCAGAUCUUUCAUCUCCCACCCAGCUGUAUAAUGGAACAAGCUUCAUGGAUAAACCACAACAUAGUCCUAGAGGGCAAUCCGAAAACAAAGCCUAUCAGAUGUCUACUCCGAGUACAAAGAUUGCAAAUGGGAAAGUUGCUGUGAGAUGUGGAUUCCUCGUUCCUUCCAUAGAUAUUCUCCCUGCACAGUGGCGGAGCCAAGAAUUUUGUGGAGCCUGGGCAAGUUUGUACACCAAUGAAAACAGAGAUUUUAUUGAUUGAAACACAUAACCACAUGGGAAUAGUUCAUAAUUAACGUAUGAACAACUCAAACAGAUGAAAGAAAAUUAUAUAUAUUUGAAUUAGAAACUAAGAAGUGUAAUGAAGGAUUAACCAUUAUACUGUUGAUCCCUGAAGCUAUAUCUCUGAUUCACUCUCAAUGGCUUUAAUUCCUUUAAUGUGAAAUCAACUCCAAAUAUAUAAAUGAGCAUAAUUAUUUUAUCAGAUUAAAUUC